AUGGAAUUUAAAGUUUCACCACUUACGAAAAUCAUAUCAUUAUCAGGUUUCUUAGCCCUCGGGUUCCUCCUAGUCAUUUUAAGUUGCGCAUUGUUUCGCAAUUAUUACCCCUUAUAUGAUAUCCUCAUUUUCUUACUAGCACCUAUUCCAAAUUCCUUAUUCAGCAAAACAUCAUAUAGUUCCUCUGACUUCAUGUCUGAAUCUUCGGAGAGUGGAAGUGACUUGGGCCAUUUCUUAACAGGUAUGUUGGUAACGAGCGGUAUAGCCCUACCAGUAGUCUUUUACCAUUGUAAUCUAAUUGGUUCCAUAAGUUGCACAAUGAGUAUGUUGGGUGGUCUGAUCAUAUAUUCCAGUGUGGUUAUUUUCUCGUGGUUUUUCCAUAGUAAUUGGGACAAUGAAGAAGAUACAUUAUUUACUUAG